AUGGCGGAGGACCAAGCUGCACAAGAGGCGGAAACACCGCAUGAGACGUCACCGGGGACACACUGCACAGAGGAGAAACAGGACCCGACAUGCUCACCUGCCCCACCUGGAGAUACCUGGGACCAGAACCCUACAACAUCCCGCUCCGUUUCAGAUCCCAUCCAUGGACGAUCGGAAAGACUACAACAUGGAGCUAAAUUAGGAACACAGUGUUACAACAAUGCUAAGAACACUAAAGAUACUUGCCUUAUUGCUGUCCAUGUUAUCUCGGCAAGAUCAACCACUAGCAACAUAGAAGCUACAAGUUCUAAACAGAUAACUCAAGAUGACUUUGCAACUGAAGGAGAUGGUGUCUUCACUGUGAAUAUCACAAAUAAAUUGUUGAACGAAACAGAAAGUGUAUUUUACAAUCAUGUAAAUCCAUCAGAUAUUCUAAGCCAAGGCAAUGGUAUAAUAUUUAUUGAGACUGGAAACAGGACAUCAUCUUCCUUGGCGCUAUGUGCAAUUGAAUCAGCUGCUCGUGUAUAUCAUGAUAGACCAAUAGCUUUCUUCAAAAAUCGAUUUUCUGAAAUUAACUCAGUAAAUGAUAAGGAUUCAGCAGAAAGGAGGAUCCUCUCAUCUUUUCCAAACGUCUACAUCUUCCAUUUAAACUUAGAAGAAGCAUUUAAGGACACACCACUUUUACCAUGGUAUCAAAGGAUUAACCAUGCUCGUGAAUCCUACUGGCCGUACAUCAGUUCAGAUGGUUGCAGAUUGGCCCUUAUGUGGAAACACGGUGGGAUUUAUAUGGACUCAGAUAUCAUCUCUAUGCGACCCAUUCCAGAAAAAAACUUCCUUGCUGCACAAUCCUCACAAUUUUCAGGCAAUUGUAUUUAUGGAUUAACUCCACAACACAAUUUUACUUGGAGUGCCAUGGAAAAUUUUGUGAAGAACUAUAAUGGAGCAAUAUGGGGACAUCAAGGUCCUCAGCUUUUCACACGUGUCCUGAAGAAAUUUUGUGACAUACCAAAAUUUACAACAAUCGAAGAUGUCAAUUGUGGAAAUAUCUCCUUCUUGCACCCACAACGCUUCUCUCCAAUUUCAUACCCUAAUUGGAGAAGAUACUUCGAGACCUGGGACAAGUUUCCAACAUUUAAUGACAGCUAUGCACUGCAUCUCUGGAAUAAAAUGAAUGCAAAACAUAUGACUAUGGUUCCGGGGAGUAACACAUUGGUAGAGCAUAUUUACACACAACACUGUCCCACCAUGUAUGGAGUUCUUAAGAGAAAUGAAACUAAUCCAUUUUAA